GUUUAUGGACGCAGUCGGAAAUACGUCAUAAUCUUUGGCGCGAACAGCUACCAUUUUGCAUGGGGGCAAAUUAAUUUCUGUCUGCAGCGCGUUAGUGGCUAUAACAAAAGAAUUCUUUAAAAUGCCCAAAAGUUGUUGUGUUUUUGAAUGUUCAAACAACAAAACAAAAAAUCCAGAUUUGAAAUAUUACAUUUUACCGCAUGAUCCAGAACGUCGCAAACUUUGGCUCAAUGCAAUCAGUCGUACUGCUUUAGAUAAAGAUGGAAAUAUUCUCAAGAACAAACUUUGGUCACCAAGAUCCAAAUAUCACUAUGUUUGUUCUAAACAUUUUAUUUCUGGUAAAAAAAAAAACCAAUUAAAUGAUCCAGAUUAUGUACCUUCUGUGUUUUCUUACAAAUCAUGUGGAAAGAAACAUCAAGCUCUUCAUCGACAAUCUGUAUUAAAUUGUAACAAAAUAUCAGCUGCUUAUGCAUCUGAUAAAAGUCAGCCUGAUUUGCUAUCAAGUCAAAUUGAAAACAUUGAUAAAAUAAUGCACAGUAACAUAACUGACAAAGCAGGAUGUUCUACUAUGAUCGAACAAAAUUUUCUGCCCUUAGCAUCACCAACCAGCCCCACAAUAGCCAUGAAAUCUCUUAUAAAUAUAUGUGAGCGAGAAAGUAUGUUUCAUGAAUUAGAUAAUAUGCAGUCUGAAAAAUCUAGUCAAAAUAAAAACAUCAAAGAAAUUGUACACAAUGACAUGACCAAUAAAGUAGGAUGUUCUACUAUGAUUGAACAAAAUUAUCUGCCCUUAGCCUCACCAACCAGCCCCACAACAGCCAUGAAAUCUCUUAUAAGUAUAUGUGAGCGAGAAAGUAUGUACCAUGAAAUAGAUAAUAUGCAGUCUGAAAGAUCUAGUCAAAUUGAAAACAUCGAAGAAAUUGUACACAAUAACAUGACCAAUGAAGUAGGAUGUUGUACUAUGAUCGAACAAAAUUAUCUGCCCUUAGCCUCACCAACCAGCCCCACAAUAACUAUGAAGUCUCUUGUCAGUGAAUAUGAACGAGAAAGUAUAUACCAUGAAAUGGAUUAUUUACGAUCAGAAAGAGAUAUAUUACGAGAAAAAUUAUUGUUGCCUGUGCACUUGUCUCCUUAUUCAUUUCAAGUUUUAAGGGAAAAUCCUGACACUUGCUUGAUGUUAACCGGGUUAAAGUUUGAUAUUUUAACAACUCUUAUUGAUUACCUUUUUAUAGGAGAACAUAAUGGUGAUCAUAGACCAACUCGAUAUAUUAUGGAAGAUCAAAUAAUUUUAACAAUAGUUAAAUUGAAGCACAAUAUGAGUUUUGAUAUGUUGGCCCAUUUGUGCUCCAUAAGUAAAACAACAGCUAUUGAAUAUUUUUGGAAGUGGAUAGAUGUGAUGUCAGAAAAAUUAAAAUUUUUAAUUAGAAUGGAAGCUCGAGAACACAUUUUCGAAACCAUACCACAUAUUUUCAAGUCAAAGUUUCCACGGCUUACUUCAAUAAUUGACUGUUUUGAAGUGUUUAUUGAGUCACCUGGUCCUUUGUUAGCAAGAGCACAAUGUUAUAGUAGUUACAAAAAACAUUGCACAUUAAAGGUUUUUAUUUCCUGUACACCACUUGGUGCCAUUAACUUUUUAUCUAAAUGUUGGGGUGGUCGUGUUUCUGACAUUCAAAUUGUAAAAGAAUCAAACUUUACAUCAUCAAAAUACCACUACCCUGGAGAUCAAAUUUUGGCUGAUCCUGGUUUUACAUUGAAAGAUGAUUUUGCUGCUCAUUCCAGUUCGGAACUGUUGGUUCCUGCAUUUGCAAAAAACAAAUGCCAGCUAUCAGUUGAAGAAGUUGAAUCUACCAGAAAUAUUGCAUCUGUAAGGAUUCAUAUAGAAAGGAUUAUAGGAUUAAUGAAAAAUCGUUAUAAAAUUCUAAAAGGAAUCUUGCCAAUAAGAUCAGUGAAAAGUCUAAAGGAUGAGGCAAAUCAUUUAAUGUAUGCUAGCUGUGAUAAAGUUGUUCUGGUGUGCGCUGCUUUAACAAACUUAGGAGAAAGUAUUGUGUUUCGCUAGCAUGUAAUAUUAUUACACUUUUUGUAAUAUUUACUUUAUGACUCGAUCAAUGCUGAUUAAGUCAUGUCAAUUUUUAGCUUUUCUAGAAUAUCUUAAGAAUAAAAUACACGUAAUGUUAUAAUACAAUGUAAUAUAUAAAUAAUGUAAAUGAUAUAAUAUACGUAAUAUGUUAGAGUCAACUUUUA